AUGUCAGGUGAGAUGAGGAACGAUCUGUACAUCACUCUGGAGAAAGGCGAGUUUGAGAAGGGUGGGAAGACCGUAGCCAGAAACGUGGAGGUCACUGUAUAUGCGCUGGAUGCUGAUGGCCAAAUUCUCAGGGGCUAUGUAGCAGCAGGUUCAGGGGAGCCGGGUGCAGAUGAGUACCUUUCCUUUGUACUCUAUCACAACAACAGUCCACGAUGGGCUGAACAGAUCAAGCUGCCCAUCCCAGUGGAUAUGUUCCGCGGCUCCCACGUGCGCUUCGAGUUCCGCCACUGCUCCACAAAAGACAAGGGAGAGAAGAAGCUUUUUGGAUUUUCCUUUGUUCCUUUAAUGCGAGAAGAUGGACGGACCCUGCAAGACGGCACCCAUGAGCUCAUCGUCCAUAAGUGCGAGGAGAAUACUAAUCUUGAUGAUUGCUCUCGCUACCUCAAACUACCUUUCUACAAACCUAACCAGCCAGGCAACAACCAAGCCGUGAAGGGCAGCAAGGAGUCAUUCUGGAUAACCUCUUUCCUCUGCUCCACCAAACUCACCCAGAACGGUGAUAUGCUGGACUUGUUGAAAUGGAGAGCUCAUCCAGAAAGUAUUGGUGACAGCUUGUCCAAACUAAAAGACAUCGACGGCUCUGAAAUAGUCAAGUUUUUACAGGAUACACUGGAUGCACUCUUCGGCAUCUUAGAUGAAAGCUCUCAGAGAUAUGGCCUCAAAGUCUUUGAUUGUCUUGUGCAUAUUAUAAACCUGCUCCAGGACAGUAAAUUCCAACACUUUAAACCAGUCAUGGACACGUAUAUCGAGGGUCACUUCGCAGGAGCUCUUUCAUACAGGGACCUGAUAAAGGUGCUGAAAUGGUAUGUGGAUCGCAUCAUCGAAGCUGAACAUCAAGAGCACAUCCAGCGUGUUCUCAAGGCGACCGAGUACAUCUUUAAGUACAUUAUCCAGUCACGACGGCUUUUUGCUCUAGCUACUGGCAACCAGAACGAGGAGGAGUUCCGAUGCUGUAUACACGAGCUCUUCAUGUCUAUUCACUUCUUCCUGUCCCAGAAGAGUAGGGGCACAGGACCCAUCGCUCACACACAGGUUGUGUUUUUGCAGGCAUUUCCUGCAGUCUAUGGGGAGCUGCUAAAGCUCUUCACUGUCAGAGAGGUGGCCUCGUUUGUUCGAGAGACCCUGGGCAGUCUGCCCACCGCCUCUCUACCAGACUGCCCCCUAGAGGCCGUCAAACUGCACUGCAUCUCUAAGACUGUGGAAAGCCAGCUUUACACCAACCCUGAGUCGAGGUGUAUUCUGCUGCCGGUGGUCUUGCGGCUGUUACACACUCACAUGCAGGAGCAGAAAGAUCUGGUGAUGGGUGCCCAAAUCCUUACCAACAUGCUUUCAUUUAUUAAGAAAAAUGACAUGGUAAGUCUUGCCUAG